UAUACCGUGGCUCCUCUCAGUUUGUAUUUAGUCCCACCUCAAAUCGGUGGCACAGUCCGAUCGCGUAACCGUCCGUGGAUUAUCCCCCAAAAAAGUUUUUUUCUUCGGUCCAUUCUCUUCUCCUGUUUCCUCUCGCCUUAUUCUGGUGCCUUUGAUACCCACCGAACAACGACCGGUGUGGUCUCUAAUAAUUUGACAGAAAAGUGGUGCAGGUGCGACGGAUUAUAGUUUUUAUUGGAAGCUCUCGGAAUUUUUUCCCCGUGGAAUUUAUCUCAAGAUAAAUUAGCAACAUGCAGACUCUCAGGAUUGCUGCUAUUUUGGCGCUCCUUUUAUUUUCACAAGUUUUAUGCAGGCCGCAGAGUUCCGAUCAGAAGGAUGAUGAUUAUCCUGGAGAUGGAGGGAAGGACUAUGAAGAUCCGGAAGAUUUGGAAGAUUCAGAUAUCGGAAGAGGGACCUCAGUAUCACCCCCGGUGAUCCUGACGAGACCCCUACGCGUGAGGGUGUCAGUAGGAACCACCGUUGAAUUUCCAUGUGUCGUUAAGAAUGGAGAUAACGAGGUGAUACAAUGGUCAAAAGGCAGUGAGCCUCUUUAUUUCGGCGGAGCAGUUAUGACAACAGAACCAGACCGAAUCUUUCUGGCAGCAAACAACUCGCUCAUCGUGAAUGACGUGACAGAAUAUGAUACAUCAAAUGACUGGACGUGCACGGUUGUCAUGCAGCCUCCCUUGGAGAUUCAUCACAGUCUCCAAGUUGUUAACCAGCCUACUCAGCUGACUGAGCAUCGUUCCUUGGCCGUGUGGCCAGCGAAAAAAAUCACUGUCAAUGAAAGCAUGGGUGUCGAGUUCGGUUGCGAUAGUCAGAGCAAAUCAAGGCCCGAAAUCAAGUGGUCACUCAAGGGGAAGGCAAUUGCUGAGGUUCCGGGAGUUUCCAGUAAGAAUAAUUAUGUAUUCAUUGAACAUGCAACGAGGCAUCACGCUGGGGUAUAUCAAUGUCUUGCUGAGGAUAGAUCUGCUAGCCCAGAGCAUGAGGCUAUUGAAGUCGUUGUAAAUUAUUCACCAUUCAUCGAAGUCGAACACGAUACCUUCCACACUGGUCUGGGUAUAAUUUCGGAAAUAAGUUGCGAAGUCGAUGCCCAUCCACACGCCCAUGUCAAAUGGUUUAAGAAUGGAAAUGUUGUGCCCCAGGACGAAAAACUUCACCACCAUGAAAAAAAUGGUAAGACCCUGCAUAAACUCAUCAUCGAACAUACCCGCAAGGAAGACCUUGGCACCUACAAGUGCAAAGCGACCAAUGAUCUGGGUGAAGCUUCAAAAGACGUUGUUCUUACCGGUGCACCUGCCAAGCCUGUGUUGAACCACGGUAAAGAUCGCCAUAAUCAGAAGGCCCACAUGAUUAGGUGGCGGGUACAAAGUUUUUCACCAAUUACUGAGUACAAGCUCGAGUAUCGUAUGAAGGGAAAUGAAAAUUGGAUCGAGGUGCAACCUCAGGUGACAGACGGACAGGAAAACAAUUUUGUCGUUGAAAGUCAUUUCGAGAAUCUUCUGCCAGGUGUCUACCAAGUGAGACUCCUUGCCAGGAACGACUUUGGAUGGUCACCGCAAUCCUCAAUUCAUGAAUUCAGAAAAGAAAUCGUAGCAAAUGAGGCACAGAAUGUGAAAGGAGGUUCCUCAACGACACGACCGCUUGCGGCACUCACAGCUCUCCUAGUCGUUUCCACUCGUGUCUUUACGUGUCUUUAAUUAACUCAGCACUCCACACUACAUAGGUAAUUUGCUGCAGCCAAAGCGUACACCAGCAAACUUUCAUGGUGGGACUAAGAACGAGUGUUGCCCAGGGGAGUGCCUUUGCCCACACGAUUAUUUGCGUACGAAGAAGAAAUGAUACAGCGACUUGAUACACCGUUGAAUUUCCUUUGCCCUCCACCAGUCUUCCCGAUAAAAUUCAGAGGAGUGCCUUUAUUUCCCCACAAUUUUAUCUAUCACAACAUUUCCUGAUGAAUUGAAUAACUGCCACGCAAAGAUAUCUGUCCAUAAAAUAUUUCAAUUGACUUACUAAGUCAAAUGAGAGUAAAAAGUACAAGACAAAUUUCAACGAUUGACCAACUAUUUUUGGAAUUGAGGAAUAAUUACAGAGAAUUCAUUGAAUUGAGGAAAUUUUUCGGUGCGUUUGAAAUCGCUGGGGCCUAAACUAUGAAAGUAAGUCCGUCUAUUGCCUCUCCUAGGUGUGCCAUUAUGUGCUAGAGAGUAUAAACAAAAGCAUUUUUUAAAUUUCACUCUAUAAAGUACGGAAAUAGUGUAAGGAGAUACAUAUACUUGAAAAAAAAGUUAUAUUUAUAUACCUGUAUAACAUAGUAUUCGUUGUACAUGAAUAAGUCAAGAGAUACACGAUCGUUAUUAUUAUAAUUUAUUUUUGUAUAAUUAAGUGGAAGAGAACAACUGAGAAAUAAUGGGAGACAUACCAAGCUGGAGGAGAGCAAAUCAAAUCGGCGUUCAGAUCAUGAACAUCGUUUUGUGCCAUUGUUUACGUGCGGGUAUUUACGUUAAUUACCUGCUGAAGCCUAUUAGAGUGGCAUGAAAACCUCUUCGUUAUUAGAAAACCAUAAGAGUUAUGGUAAAAGUUUCUCGUAAUCAAAUGGAAUGAUGUUCACAAGAAUCAUUGCAAGUGGGGAAAUGAGGAAAAUAUAAUUUUGCUUAUUGUUAUUUUAGCUUUUGCACCUACCUAAGACAUGUAAAAAUUGAUGAAUGGUCGUGUGCUUCGUGUGAUUAUCAUGAGUGCUUGAGAAUGAAUGAGCGUUUACAAAUUUUUAGUUAAUUUUGCAAAUAUUGGAAAUAGUAAGGCAUAAACAGAGACAGGAAAAGAGUUUCAUGUACAGAGGACGUUCAUUGCACAUUUUUCCUGCAGGGAAUUCAUCAGUGAAUUUGAAUAAAUAUUUAUCGAUAUUUUACGAUGCAUUGUCUGUAGUAUCGAAGACCCAACGAUUGAAAUUAAUUGGCGAAAUGAAAAAAUUGGUCGCUCCAGUGCAAUUGGAAAAUCAACCAAUUCAGGGAAUAGAACAAAAUUCUUCUUUUUUCGAUCUUAUCUUGUAGUUUUGGUCAAGUUGUUGGAUGAAAUUCUACUUUUCCCGAAGCUAAUUCCAUGCUAAGUUAGAAUGUGAGAUAAAAUAUGCUGGAAAAUUGAAAAAAAUAUCAGUGUUUAACAUGGCAUGUAUCACAAACCAGUUUGAACUGAUUUGUAAUUUCUUAAGGUACUUAUUUACAUGUAAAAUAAAUAUAUUCAGUAGAAGAGACGAGAA